AUGUUUAUGAAAAAUUCUAUGCUGAAAGCAACAUUUGAUAGUUUUAAAGAUUUUUAUACUCAUCAUCAUAAUGGUCGAAAAUUAAUUUUGCUUGAUCAAUAUUCAAAAGGCGAAGUACAAACAUGUUUUACUAUACAGAAAUAUACAUUGCAAGUAUCAAUAUAUCAAAUGAUUGCUUUAUUAUUAUUUAAUGAAGAAUUAAAUUGGACAGUUGAACAAAUACAAAAUAAAAUACACAUUCAAACUGAAUUAUUACUUCAAGUUCUUGUUAGUUUAUUGAAAAGUAAAAUAUUAUUUUCGAAAGAAAUUACUGAAGAUUUUCAAGAUAGUAAUAUUAAAAUGAAUCAUAAAAUUGAAUUAACGAAAGAUUUUAUAAGAAAUGUAUUGAUAUUAUUAAUUGAAAAAGAAUAUCUGCAACGAAAUCUUAAUGAUAAAGAUAUUUUACAUUAUUUAAAUUAA